AUGGCGGCUUCGACUGCAAAUAUACCCGCAAUCCCAUGCGAAACCUCGAAUAGUGUCAAAACACCUGGAAACCAGGAAGUCAUCGCGUCGGACGAUGGCACAGAUUCUGGAUAUGCCACCCGGGAAGGAAGCCGUGUAUCCGAUGCGAACACUCCGGCCCCGAGCGACUCUGGGAAAUUCCUUGGUGGCUCCGUCUCAUUCCUUUUCCCUGGCAAGAAACUCGAGAAAAAGAAGAAGAUUCCCUUUCUCGAUCUCCCCAUCGACCCUUCAGCGACUAAACGAUUCGUCGGCAUUCAACCUCACUUUGAGAAACUGCUCCUAGAGCAUGUCUCUAAAAGCCAAAAGCGGGGUGCCAGAUUGAGUCCAAUGUCGACCAGACUUUUAAUGAUAGGUCAGUCGAAAGAGGAUGCUGUGGCCGAGAUUGUUGUCUUCUGUCGGCGCGAACAGUAUCUUAGCAUCAAGCGAUUUGCCAAGCAGGAGAUGAUUACCGAAAUGUGCCGGCCGAACAUCCCUGGAGAGCUGUCUUUCAAUAUUACCGUCAUUCCCGAAGCCCCAAGACUCAGAAUCAUGUUUGUCGAAGGUGAGGUGAGGGUUGUUGGCGAUCAGAUUCUCCUUCCGAGAUGGGGUGAGGAGUCACUAUGCGGAGAUCGAAUUUCGCUGAAAGGCCCCUCGGGUCAAACACGAAACGCGACUUUUGGGGGCGUUGUCAAGGUGGUCAUGGAAAAUGGCGAAAUCUAUUUCUAUGGAAUGACCGCCGGACAUCUGCUUUACGAUCUACGCGACGCAGAUGACACCGAUUACUCCGAUGCAGGGACAGAUAACGAAGAUAUCGGCGACUAUGGCGUUGACGACGAUGACGAACUCGAAAUUGACCUAGGUCCAUUCAUGGCCCAGUCAUUUACAAACGCUCACCCGCCAAAUUCACCCACUGGAUCCCAUGAUUGGGAGUUUGGGAAGCCACUCACGAUUGGGAGGAUCAUGGAGCCGGCCACAGCAUUGAGCGAGGUAGCCGAGUCAUACGACUGGGCAUUGUUCAAACUAAGCAUUUUCUAUGGCUCCUGGGUUAAUCAACUGCCCACGGAUGCGAUGGCAACGAUAACCAUUUCAAACAAUGCUCCCGGCAAAACUGGAGAACGCCCGGUGUACAUGAUAGUUGGACGCAUCGUCAAGAAGGGUUCAUUGUCAUCGUCGUCUAGCAGAAUUCUUGUUGGGCCUAGUCAAGUCUUCGUCGACGCCUACACAAUCACUAUUGAAGACGAGAAUGGGAUCUGUGACGGAGACUCGGGAUCAUGGGUGGUGGACUCAGAGACCUUUGAGCUAUAUGGUCACCUUGUCGCAUCAGACAUAUUCAAUUCAGGAUAUGUCAUCCCGAUUGCUCAGGUCCUCGACAACAUCAAAGAACAACUUGGCGCUAGUUCGGUGGGGCUACCAACUAUGGGAGACUGUUCAUCAAGUCACCGAGUCAAUAGACUGUUCCAAAGACGUAUCGGACGCAACAAACUACCGGUAGAUUCUGGUUAUAACUCAAAAGAAACCAGUUUAUCGACAACCAGUAAUCCCUUUCGUUUGGACUUUCCUAUGGGACUGGGACCGACCGACGAUUCCGGCUAUUAUACCAACAACGGUCCUUCUCUUCAUUCUCUAGCACCGAGGCUUUCCCAGAUUGGGACGGAGAAUCCAAACCCCGUAGAGCCUAAACGCGGUAUCUUAGAGCGAGUGAAAUGGGCAGGGCAGAAGUUUGUCAAGAAACUUUUAGUCCAGAGGAGAGAAGGCAAGAGGAGAUAG